ACAGAGUCAGAGCCAGCUACAUUUUCUGAUUCGUGUGAAGUCGAUUAUAACAGUCAAUAUGAUAUCGCAUUUGCUAUUGAAAAAAAUGCAAAUCUAAAAAUUCGAAACGAUCCAAAUAUGCUUUACAAAUAUUUAAAAGAAACGUGGUCACCUAAACAAAAUCGAUAUAUGUGGCUUGAUUAUCACAGACAAAUUAAUAAAAGAGCAAAUACAAUCGUCCAAAAAUUAAAAGAAAUUGGUUUAAGUUUGGAAUUUUUACGAGGGCAGGGAUAUGAUGGUGGAUCAAAUAUGUCUGGUAAAUACCGCGGAGUUCAAGCUAGAAUCUUAAAUUUGCAACCAAAGGCAAUAUACACUCAUUGUGCAUCGCACCGCCUAAAUCUAACUUUAAUAAAAGCAUGUAGAAACAUGAUAUCGAAAGAAAAGUAUCGAUACUUUCACUUGGUAAUGAAUGAAAUGAAAAUAACGAAACGUAACGACCGGUCAGUGACUAAGUGUACCUUUUGGCCAAAAGAAGAGGAACAAUGCCGAUACGUCAUACAUGGUAUGGCAGAACUUGCAUCUUAUUCCUUCUACACCCUAUUAUUACAUUUUUUAUUUACUUAAACUACUAAAAUGUCAAAUCUUCAACAUAGUGGCAACUUGAGGUAAU